GAUCUGUUGUCCGCUUCUGUCUCCUGAGGUUUGCUAUCAGGCCGCUCAUGCUGUUAGGCGUCAGCACAGCACUUUCCGUCCCUACCUAGCCUCUGACAAAACGCACUGGCGGGCGGCGAUGGCAGUCGACAUAUUCUUUACUUAUGAUUCUAGUACUGUUGAUCCGCACCCUCCGGUUGCGGAUGUCAGCUAGGCCUCAGUAGAUUUUGCGACACUUUACUGCAAUCUGAGGCGAAGUGCCUAACGGGCGCCUGUGUUGCCUGAACCCGGAGGGCGCGGACAGGCGAAACGCGCAGUUUCUUCUUGCCUGUGUCGCGCACCUAAGCCACCCCAGCCUGAAGUAAUCCUUUCGACCCUGCAUUAAUUCGUUCAGGAGCGCACCUGCCUGCCUCCUCACAGGCGUACUUCUUCGCCUAACGGCCUCCCAUUGACACAGUCCUGACACACAUUUGUCGUCUAUAUUUAAUUAGCUACAGUGACAUAGUAUGCGUUUUCUGGACUUAAUACAACGACAUUCUGGCUACGGUCCAACCGGCGCGCUUGCUUCUCUGCGCAAUUCUUUACGGGAGGGCGCAUACAAGAAGUAACUUCGACUUGUAAUUCAAAUCUCUACAAACUGACGCAGCGAUGGCAUUGAAAACAGCGCCCUGAGACGUUUUUCCUCCUAGAUACCCUUCAAGGAAUCUCGCUAUCUUUGCGCUGAAUGAUGUCUCUUCGAUGAUAUAACAACCGUAUGCACGAUUAUAGCCAGCUCGGCCAUUCGACGGUCGAAAAGGGUGCAUGUCAGAGACAGAACCCCAGCAUCAUCCUGACGAAGGCGCAAUUAGCCAUCAUUCGUAUCCGGUAAUCACAACCAAGGAGCCUGAGGAUGUUGGCGUGGGAGGACGGCGCGCGCCGGCUCCGCUUCGGUGCAAGGUGGAGGGAUGCCCAUCGGACCUUGAGACCGCGCCCAAGACACACCAGCGAUUCCGGCUGUGCAACACCCACAUCAAGGCGCCUGUCAUUGCCGUGGAUGGCGUGCUAAGUCGUUUCUGCCAGCAAUGCUCCCGCUUCCACCCGCUAGCGGAGUUCGAGCGCUCAAACAAAACAUGUCGCAUGAUGUUGGAGAAGAACCGCGCAAGGCAGCGCAGCAAUGCAGCUAGCCAGCGCCAACAGCAACAGCCGCAGCCGCUGGCCGCAGCAGGCUCCGGCGGGCAGCUGCCAGCAGGUGCUGCGGCCUUCCCCGCUGGCCUCGGGCUGUUGCCUGCUGGCGCCGCGGCUGCAGGUGCGCCGGCAGGGGCUUUGCUGGCCCCAGCGGCGGCGGCAGGCACGGUUGGCGGCGGCCCGUCCGCCGCAGCCACGCUCCGCGUCGCCGGCGCUACCACGACCCACCCGUACAUGCUGCUCCUGCAACAACAGUACUUGUUGAACAGGGCCAACGCCCUGACAGCCGCCGCAUCCGCGGGCGCGGCGGCUAUAGGCGUGGGUGGCGGUGGUGGUGGCUUGCCUGGCCAGCAGCUAGCCCCAUUGGGUCUACCCAUCACCCAGCAGCAGGCGGUGGCACUGCCAGCAGCGGGUGCAGGUUCUCGCGCCGCGUCGCUGUCGGGCCUUGGCGCCUUAUUGACACUGCAGCAGCAGCAGGCUCAGCAGCAGCUCGCAAUCGCCGCCGCUCUGGCGGCAGCAGGCCCGCUGUCACACGCGGCGGCGGCCACAUCAGCAGCAGUGGCCGCGCGCGCUGCUAAUGCGGCCGCCGGCGGCCCAGCCGGCGGUGCUACCGCCGCCGACACGCCAGCAGUGGUUGGUGAAGCAGCGACCGACCCAGCGGCCGCUGGAGGCGCAGCCGCAGCCGCUGUGAGGGACAGCAGCGCCGUUGGCUCCACUCGGGGCACGAUGGGGGCCGAUGCGGGUGCGGCGGCGGGAGACACCGGCAACAGGGCCGCAUCAGAUUACUCAGAUCGCCAGGACGCAGACGAACAUGACCAGCAGACAGUGGCGGUCGGUCGCGGCGGCGGCGGCGCCAGCAGAGCUGGAAGCAGGCGGCAGCCGGCGGCGGCGUCUGUAGCCGCUGGUGAGGAUGCAAGCAAUGCCGCUGGUGCAACAGGCACUGCUGAAGGUGCUGCAAGCGCUGCUGCGCGCGGUGCCGUCGCCGGCGGCGGCGGUCUCCCUGCGGAAGCAACGGCGGCUCCGCUUGACGCCGCUUCACAGAGCCAGUUGGCUGCCGCGAUGCAACAGCUGCAGCAGCAGCACAUGCAGCUGCUGUCCCUCAGCCGCAUGCUAUCGAGCUGGGAAGGGCGGCCGCUGCCGCCCGCGUUGGCGGCAGCUGCAGCCAACGCGGCUGCGGGGUUGCCGCUGCAAGGGACUAUCGCUGGCCUAGGUUCGUUACCAGCAGCAGCGGCGGCAACGCGUCGCGUCAGCGAUGCGACGGGAGCAGUUAGCGGCGCCGGACUCGCCGCACACGAGCUGGCGGCGUUCACACGCAUCUCGGCAGAGACGCCGGGAGGCAGCGGCGGCGGUUUGGGGGCGGCGGGUGGCGCCGCGGCGGGCCGCCUGCCGCCGGCGGCCCUGCAUCAGCUCGAUGGACGUGCAGCCGCCGCUGCGCUGCAGCAUCCACCGGAGCUCCAGCAGCACACAUCUUUGACAGCUGCUGCAGCACAAGCGGCAGCGCGGCAGCAGCAGGGUCAUCAGCAGCUACUGCCAAGUCGUCAGCAGAGCCAGUCGCUGCUACAGCCGCUACAGGAGCUCGACGAGAUGGUGAUGCGACAAGACUCGGGCGGUGUGUCGCCGGCUGACGCUGGCGGUGGAGCCGCCGCCACAGCAGCGGUGGCUAUGGAUGUGGACGAGCCUCCAAAUGGCGGUGGCGGCCGACACAGCAGCCGCCAGCAGUCGCCUGCUGUGGCCGCAGCCGCGGCCGCUGCCGCUGCGGCAGCAGCGGCACUGCAAGUGCAGCAGCAGCGGCAGCAGGCACAGCACCAGCAAGCGCAGCAGCAGCCGCGCCGGCGCCCCAAGUCUGACCCUGACACGGUCAUGCUGAGCGGCAGCGACAGCAGUGAAGAGGCAGAGGCCCUACGUGCGUCACAGCAGCAUGAGCAGCAGCAGACGCAGCAGCUGCAGCAGCAGGCAUUGGCAGGAGAGACGCGGGUCAAGAUCGAGCCUGCUGACAGCGGCGCCCAGACACAGCCCAUGACGGAGCAGGUCACAGAAGGCGAAUCAUCAUCGGCAGUUGCCGGAAUGCCUACAAGCAGUGCCCCUCUAAGGGUUCGCAGCGCGCCGGCCAUCGGCUCGCUUGGAGGUAGCGCGGCAGGCGCGGCGGCCGGGAGAAGCGACACUCCUGCAGCGGCGCCUUCGUCACGGCUGCUCGCAGCCGUAGCACCAGUGCACGGUGGCGUCGUUAACAAUGCUACUGCUGGUACUGCUGCGGGCGACUCCCUGCAGCGGCGCCCUCGCGGCGUGUCGGAUCAGGCCGGUGGCUAUGUUCAGAAGGUGGCUGCUGCUGCGGACGCAGGAGCAGGGGCACCAUCUGCUGUUGCGGCCGGGGGGCGCCUUCCUUCUGCGGCUAGCGGUGCCAACCUCGUGGCGGGUAGCUCGCCGGGCGGCUGGUCCGGUGCCGGCUCCGCGCCGCGCGGCAGCAGUGCGGACGGUGGAAGCAGUGUGGGGUCAGCGGAGCGGCUGCAGCUGCUGGAACGGGGUACGAGCGGCAGCGGCGCCAGUGGCACUGCUGGCGGCACCGGUGGCGGUGGCGGCGGCAUGUUUGGAACCGUGCCAUGGCUGGUGCCGCCAGGCAGCAGCGGCGGCGGCGGCUCCGCGGUGGCAGCCGCCGCUGCAGCUGCAGCACUUGGGGGAAUCAGUGGCGGUGCAGACACGGCGGGUGCCCGGCGGGGUGUCCGGCCCCUGCUGCCUGGCCGCUCAUUCGCCGCUGCUGACGCCCUUCCCGCCGGCGGCAGCCCCACCGGCGUCUUGCCUGCACCCGCGGAUGCGGUGGGUGCCGCGGCAGCGGCAGCAGCCGGAGCGGCAGGUCCCACUGCUGGUAUGUACGCGUCUGCUGAGUGCAUGCUGUUGCCGCCCGCCGCCGGCGCGGCGGGACCGCUUGCGGGGCCGGCAAACGUGCCGCCGACGCUAGGGCGCAGGUCGGAGCCGGCGAUGGAGACGGCAGCGGGCAGCUCCAAGCGCCGCCGGGGCCAGAGCGGCACCUUGGAUGCUGAAGCGGCAGUCAUCGACACAUCCAUGAUGACGGCUGCCGGCGUCGAUGAGUUUGAUGAAGCUGCAGAUGAGCCCUAUCCGGGAGCGUUGCUGGCCCUAAGGAUGGGGCCGCAACUGGCGCGGAACCAGCAUCCGCGUCGGGCGAUGAGCGCAAUGGAGCCGGCAGCGGGCGCCUGGUCGGUGCCGGUCCUAGCGCCCGUGGGGGCUGGCAGCAGCGGCGGCGGAGCGGCGGCAGGAAGUGCGCCGGUGUUCGAUCGCCGGAGCUUGGAUGUGGUGAGCAGUUCGCCAAGCGUUGCAGCCGCCGCCGCAGCUGCUGCCGGCGCCCGGAAGACGAGCGCCGCCAACAGUCCGCGCCGGGGCUCAAGCGCGCGGUCGCGCCAGCAGCGCCAAAUCAUGUGGCCUCCUCAGCUGCUACAGCCCCUGCCGGCUCUGCAACAGCUGUAUGCAACCGGCGGCGGCGCUGCGGGCGGCGCAGUUGCAUCCCCCACUGGCUCAUCGGAGCUUCUGGCAGCCGAGCUCGCUGGUUCCGGCGGCGGCCUCGCGUCGGCUCGACUGGCGAUGGUGGGCGCGGCUGUGGACCUCGGCGGAAUGACGGCUUUGCCGCGUGCUGCAGGUGGAUCGGGGCAUGGCGCCGUCCUGGGUGCCUCGGCGUCGGCAUACCCGCCGUUCGGCUUGGCGCCGCCGCCACAGCAGCAGCAACACCACCAGCAGCAGCAGCAGCAGCAGCAGCACCACGAGCAGCAGCAACAGCAGCAACAGCAACAUCUGCUGCAGUCUGCCGGUGCGUCUGCUGCUGCUGCUGCUGCGGGUAAUGAUGGCCAUCGCGCCCUCAAUCCGUCCGCGCUAGCAUCAGCACGCGCCGCCGCUGCUGCAGCCACCGCUGCUGCUACAGCUGUCAAGGCGCUGACACGGCGGCGCAGCAGCGAGGAGCACCGCGCGGCCGCGCUGGCGGCGCAGCAGCUGCCAAUACCCAUGGAGUUGUUUGAGCCGGUGGACGUGGAUGUGGAUGAAGCUCUGAGCAUGCUGGCAGAGGGCGCAGGCGGCAGUGAUGAGGACCCCGGUGUCUCAAACAAGCCUGCUGGGUCCGCCGGCGUCGGUGGCGCUGGUGGAGCGGGUGGUGCGGCGGGCGCCGGCGGCAGCAGCCACAGUGCCGUGCAGCAGAUGGACGCCUCGUAUGCGCAGCAGGCGGCAGCUGGCGCGGCGGCGGACGCGGCGACAGUGGAUGCGGCAGCGGCGGUGGCAGCAAGGCACGACAGCAGCAGCGCCCGCCGAGUGGGCAGCAGAGCGGGCACUCAUGGGCAGCCACAGCAAGGCGGCUCAGGGGGCGGAGGGGAUGCGCUGGCUGCGCUGGCGGCUGAGUGGGGACGGGACGUGGCGAUGGAUGAGGAGGGGGCAGAGAGGCAUGCAAUGCAGCCGGCCGGACUUGCGGGGUCGCUUGGCGAAGGCUGGCCAGGUGCCGCGGCCGCUUCGCAGCAGCUGCAGCAGCCCCAGCAGCAACAUCAGCAGCAGCAACAACAGCAGCCUGUGUCGUCCGCGUCGGUGCUGUUUCAGCAGCUCUCCCUGUUGCAACAGCAGCAACAGCAGCAACAAGACGUCAUUCGCGCACAGCUUUCGAGGCUGGCGCCCUCAUCCCAGCAGCUGCAGCAAGCCUUUGCCGCCAGCCCGGCUGCUUCUGCUGGCCAACAGCAACCCGCGCCGCUUCCGGUGCCCUACCAGCAAACGCAACCGCGGCCAUGGGGCACAGUGGCAUGGACGGCAGGAGCGGCGUCCGGAAGUGCUGGCCUGUUUGCGCGGCGCUCUGAUGAGUCUAGCCUGGCAUCUCGAAGCCAAUCGCAGCACCAGCACCAGCAGUCCUCUGACUCAACACCCGGAGACACGGCUGCGGCGGCUGGCGGCGUUCGAGGCGGCGGCAGCGGUCCGCUUGUUCUGCUCCCGUCUGCGACGGCGGCUGCGCAGGCCACACAGCAAUCCUUGCACCAGCAGCACCAGCCGCAGCCGCAUCAGCGGCAGCGGCAGAUGACGGCAGGCGGCAUGACCCUGCCUGCUGCGGUUGACUCUGCACAGCACUCACCGGCCCAGCUGCAGCAGCUGCUAACGCAGGCUCGGCAGCUACCCAGCCUGCAAUCGCUGCACGCUCAGGUGCAGCGCCAGCAGCAGUUGCAGUCGCUGGCUGCUGCGACCGCCCUGGGAGCGUUGACGGAGGCGCAGCUGCAGCGUGUGACCGCAGGCGGCGGGGGCGGUGGCGAGUAUGAGGCAGCAAGUAGCAGGGCCGCCACGCCCCUUGGGCCCGGUGCUACUGGAUCUACUAGUCCUGGUACUGGUGCUGGUGCUGGUGUUGGUGCGGAUGCUGGUGCACCCACUUCCGGGCGUCAUCAACAACAGCCGCCGCUGGCCCUGCCACUACCACAACUCCAGGCGCAGCCGCCACAGAUGCACAUGCUACAGCCACAGGACCUGCAAGAGGUGCUGGGGCCGGCCGAUGAGAAUCAGGGCCGUAUGAGCAGCAUGAGCGCGGACUGGUUGGAUAAUCUGUUGCGGCAGCAGCAAGAGGCAAGCCGGCAGCUGAUGGUGCUCCAGCAGCAGCUGCAGGAGCAGCAGCGCCAGUUGCAACAGCAUCAGCAACUUCUACAGCGCUCAACCGUAGCGCAACUUCAGCGGCAGCAGCAGCAAGGCCCCUCAGCGGCACAACAGCAGGCUGCUGCGGUCAUCACGGCAGCCGGGGCCGCCACCGGCACAAUCACAGCGGCGAUGGCGCAGCCCGACCAUGGAGCCGGCGGCGCCGGCGCCGGCGGCGCCUCCUUCCUCUCCAUGCCUGCAACCGAGGCUGCUGCUGCCGCUGAUGCGUCCGCCAAUUCGUCUGCGCGCAACGGUGCCGAAGGCGGUGCUUACGAAGUGUCACUGCAGCAGAUGCAGCAGCUGCGCGGCUCAUCUUCUGGUGUCGUGGACACAUCGACGACGGAGCAGCAGCAGCUGUCGGCGCAAGCGCACGCACAGGCGCAGCAGGCGGCCCUUCAGGCGCAGCAGCCGCCAGGCCAAUGGGGCCUGCCAGCGGCGGGCGGAUGGAUAGGUGUGAACUUUGGGCCUGUGGGUGCCGCCGGCGCCGUGCCACCCCGCCCGGCGACGCCGACGUCUGCGGAUGCUGUCACGGCCGCCGCGGCCGCGGCGGUUGCGGCUGCAACUGCGGCGGUGGCAGAGGCGUCUGGAGCGAUUGCUGUUGAGGGCCGUGGCCAGCAGCAGCUGCUGCUGCAGCACCAGAGGUCGCGGGGCCCAGCCUCGGCAGCUGCGGCAGCGACCAGAUCGCCGGCGGAUCCCGACCAGCAGCAACAGCAGCAGCGUCAGCUUGCAAUCCCUGGACUUGCGACAUCCAUGCUCCCGCAAGCGGGCGGCCCCGGCGGCUUGCUACCGCUCUAUGCCGCCGGUAUGGCGUCGACCCCCGUGGAUGUCGAGCAAGGCCGUCGCCGUCGUGCGCGUGAUGCCGCCGCAAGAGGCCGUGUUAGUGCGGCCUCCUCUGAGACGUCCAGCCUCGGCAGCAGCCUGGCUCCAGCGGUCGGACCCGGCGGCGGCGCUCCUGUCUUUGGCAGGACCUCGGCAGGCGCUGCGGGCAGCAGCGGGCGGGCUGCCGAGAGUGGCCUGGCCUCCAGCCUGCAGCAACAGCAGCAGUACGAGGGCACGGACGCCGCGACGUGGGCGCUGCAGACGCAGCUGCUGCUGCAGCACGACCAGCAGCAGGAACACCAGCAGCAAUUCCACGUGCAGAUGCAGAUGCUGCGAGGAACGCCACCGGGGCCGUACGGUGCCGGUGCCGACGUUGGCGGUCACAGCGGCAUGUCGCCCCAGCACCAAGACGCGAGGCAGGGAUCUCGGCAGCUGCUGCACCAGCAGCAGCAGCCGCGCUCACAGCUUCAGCUGGAGGGUGUGUUGGCUACCAGUCCCGCAGCCGGGCUCGUCCUUGUGAGCAACAGCGGCCUGACAGGUGCUGCCGCAGCCGCCGCUACGGCGGAGGCGGAGGCGCAGGCGGCGUUGCACGCACGAGACGGUGGUUACACCGCCGCGGCGGGCACAACUACUGGCGAGCUGGCGGGUGCGGCAGAGGCUGCGCAGGUGGCUGCGCUCGUCGCGGCCACGGGCGCCGACGCAAUGGCGGCGCAGGUAGUUGUGGAUGAGGGCAGCGGCUCACAGCCACGAGCGGCGCAACAACCGGGCGAAGAAACAAUGUGACCGCAAUGAAUGCGGUAGCAUUUGUCAUACGCAGAUGAGUUGUGCGAUACAUCUCAUUGUCACAAUUUGCGUGGGCUAGCUAGGCGGACCGGACCUGGCUGACACCGGGUUGAGGCGGACAAGGCUGCUGGAGGAGGAAGUAUGCCAAUAGACAGAGUGCUCAGCGCAAGAAGAAUUCACCGCUCGUACACUACAGAGCGGAAUGCGCGGACAUACGUCUACACAAAUAAUGCGCCCACGUUUAGGCGCCAUUUUACAAGAACUGGCGAAGGGUCUCAGCAGUGCUGAAUACCGAAGGGUCUGCAGUAAGACGCGCGCAAGAUAGACUGCCCCAGUCCUCCGGCUAGCAUUGGCGAACUGGGAACACUCGCACUCACUGCACGGGUGAGGGCGGUAUCAUGCUGCAAAUAAAGAAUCGGCAGCCAGCGCGCGUGAGCAUUGCUGGGCUAGCUCGGCAAGCAGCUGCGCAUGCAUGCACUGUGUUGACGGCGGCGAUGCAGCAGGUCAAUGCAGCGCCGUCGGAAAAGCGGCACCUUAUGAUGGGUUGGCAAGUUUGGGGCGCGCUAUUCACAGCUUGGUGGGUGUGCGUCUGCUGUGAGUUGGCAGUAUAGGAACAGCGGAAGCUUCGUGGCACCAGUAGUAGCUGGACGUUUAGUACAGUGUGAUCUUGGGGGUGUGCCGAACCCUCCUGGUAAAAUCAAUUCACUGGGGCACGGAAUGGCCAGAAGGUGGCAAUGCUUGCAUAUCUGGGGACAAGAGGACCUGAACAGAAACAUGACGUGCUUCCGCUUAGGUUGCUGCGACUUCAAGUAGCGGUGGAUAUGCCAAGGCGCCGCGAACGGGAGGCCUCGCGUGCAUACCAAGCGUGUUGUAGCGUGCCUGGAUCUGUAGAGGAUGACUUGCACGGCGUAUACGGGCAUACGGUAUGACUACGAGAUCGGCCUCAAACCAUUACAACACUCUAUGCGUCAUGGGCGUAGCUAGGGGUGUCACGCGUAUCCAUCGCCCCCCGCGCCGGCUGGCAAGAGUACCUCCCAUGGGGCACUGUAGUUGUGACUGGAUAGCGGCUGCACAGAGAAGGAUACCCGAUGUAUUAGUUUGCGCCCGGAUGCCAAGCGUUGGAAUGUGUGUGUGAGGGGGCUGCUGUGUCCACAAGUGUACUGCACGCGCGGGGGUAAUCCAUUUGUCCGAUGUUUGCGUUCUGGACGUGACGGCCAGCGGCAUGCACGGCAGCUCUGACGCACGCAACCUCAUGAUAGACACCAUCCACACAGAAUGCGGAGCCCUACUUGGGUGACACAUUGUGACUUCAUCCUCAUUCUACAAGUCUAUAAUGCUAGCGGACCUGUGCGCGUCUGAAGUGAUACUGAAGUUUGUAGCGCCCUGGGCGCCCGUUUUCACUAGCGCCUUGGCAAGCGGGGCCAUUGCGCAACCCAACUGCACAGCGGGCGUCAGGGUUUGCUGUGGGUGCAUGUCCUAGUUGACGAAACGGCAGGGUUUCGACUAUUGCUGAGAUGAGGCGUGGCGGGAUGCUGUACUGAUUGACUGCAGGGUAGCAUUAAUUCUGUGUCAGCCUGAAUGCGUUGGUACACGGCUGUGUGCAUGUAUGCCCCCUUUGCUUGACUCCAAGCCUGGGGCAAGUAGGGUUGCAUAUGUUCGACUGGGGCACUGCAGCACCUCAAUUCUUGUGCUAGUUCAGGUCAUGUGACCGGGUUUUGCGUAUGAGUGUGUCCGUGUGUGUGUGCGUGCGCCGCACGUAUUGUGCAUCGCCCUCGCCAAGAAAGCAGUGCCAUGUGCACAUCGACAAGACAACACCAGCAGCCAUGACGAUGAACAGUCACUCAAGGUGUGCAUCAAGCUGCGGGCUCGGGUGGUCCUCCACAAUGUGCUGGCAAACGACAGGAAGCGCGGGACAGUGCCUUAGGGUGUCACUGAAGGGUGCGUGCUCGGCGUGUUUACCUCGUAGCAACGCCCGGAUUGAGAGUGAGUGCUAGAAAUAGCGCGACGUGGAAAUGGCAGACGUUGCUGUGUAGGCGCAUACGCUUACUUGCAUGCUCGAGCUCAACUACUGCACGUGUGGACGGUGCAUACUAUUGCGUGCAGAUGCACAUGUUGGUUGCGGUCGCUACCAGCAGGUGCAGGCCGAUUGUCUUGGAUUUAUCCGUAGCUGUACGGUAGCACGUAGCACCCCACCCUAGCAGGGAGAGCCUGUGGACCCCGGUUAGCCCUGCUUGAGACCAGGAGAAGAUGAAAGGCCGCGGGUGCUGUAGAGCGGGAUAGCGACUGAAUAACCGGAGAUGCACAGAGACGCAGACUUAAGUGACAUCGGCGGUCCAAUUACAACAAGGGCGUGAGCCAGUAGAUGUGUACUGUGUCCUGUGUGCGUCCGGAUUUAAACGAGUGUCCAAUGGUUCAGGCCCAUUGUCUGCUGUGCAGUAUUGAGCGAUGAUCUUAUCACCCUUUUGUCGCCAGGGGCCAGACCAGCGCAGACAAGGGUGCGUGGGCGGCGGCCAGAAGUAGCACCGGACCUUAGUCUGCGUUAACUGCUGCAAGGAGGACUGCUGGGCUUUUGCCGCUUUCGCUAGGCAAGCAGACGGCGGCGCCCACCACUGCGUGUGCACUAGCAUUAUUAGCCAACCGUUUUGGGUUGAUGAUUGCUGGAUGCAGGGCUGGAAUGAUGAGCAGCACAAGCAAGCCCCCCAAAGGCUUCGUACGUCAGCGUGAAGGUUACAUGCACACGGCG